GCGCGUAGCUGUAGAGCGUUCCAUGCGCGCCCUGUCGCCAGUGCCACCUCCUCGGGUCUCUACACCAGAGCCUUUCCGUGGAGAUGCUGCGCUUAGCGUUCAGCUCACAGAGAGUGAGCAAAGUCGAAGGGCGUGUUUGAGGGGCCUUCUGCAGAAGGCAGUGCUUGGACAGGAGACUCACAUCAACUACAUCACCGGGAGCAAUUUGGUUCCAAUUAUCCCUCUGCUUCUGGCAGAUGUGGUAUGUGAACCCGCCAGGAAGAGACUCGCGUUUGGUCGGACUGAAUACGCGACGCACGUGCUUGUGGCACCCCGGCCAUACGCUGAAAUGGCGGAACAUCCUGACGAAUGCUCCCAUGUUUGGCUGACGCAUCUACUUUUUAACCUCAGCCGACGUGGGGCUUUGCGAUGGGAUGUGAAGCAGAGCUACAGUAUUACUAGUAGGCAGCUCAUCAUGAGGGAGGAGACACAAUUGCUUGACGUACGAAAAAUUCACCGCUUGGAUGUGGUGGCAGUAAAGUCUUCUGGAUCCGCGGAAUUCCUUUGCGAAACCAAUGUGAGAACCGGUGUGGGAUCCGGAUGCGGAACAGGUUCGAUUUGGUCUCUGAUGUCGCACCUGGGUAGCAGUGCAGAUCGAUGUGAAGGCAGAGAAUGUGGUCCUUCACGGAGAGCGAGCGGUCCUGAUCGACUUCGGCAUUGCAUCAUGGCGGAAGAUGCGGAAGCUCCCGCUUGCAACAUGGAUGAUGAAGUGGCGAUGAGGAAACGGGUUGGAUCACCAGGCUACGUAGCACCGGAGAUUAUUAUGCACAAGCCUUACAACGAAAAAGUUGAUGUCUUUGCAGCUGGUGUCAUUUUAUACUUUAUGCUACGUGGCAAACUACCCUUCUCCGCAGAGACGCAGGAUGGAACUCUGGAGACGAUCAACCGUCAUGUUGAUGCACGACCUAGUGCCUUUGAGUGUUUCUACAAAGUCUAUUCCAUGGCGAGCCCAGAAGUCAGGAGCUCGGAGGCCUUCCAAAUUGCAAAGAUGGGCUUAGUUCGAUUGGGAGAGCUUGACAGGAAGGCGAACACUCCGCAGGGCACUGGCUCGCAAGGCACUGGCUCGCAAGGCAUUGGCUCACAUGGAACUGGUUCGCACGGAACUGGUUCGCAUGGCAGUAGCACUGGUUCGAAUAGUUUGACCCCUGGUCCGGUUCGAACAUCUGGAUCUCGGACAUCACGGACCUCUGGUGCGUCUCGAACAUCCCAGGCGUCGCUGCCAGCCUCUCCAGCUGUGUCCGAGCGGACCGAGAUCGACCAGACCGACCAAUCGACCUCACUGUGUUUGGCAGCUCAUUCAGGGGAUCCAGGAAAUACCUUCAGCUGCUAUGCGACGCUUCCGCCAGCUGUUUGCCCGCAGUUGCUCUCUGGUAGCACUUCCUUCACCCCAGUGCGGCAAAUGUGCAAUGUGGUCGAUCUCCCUAAGGACUUCAGUUCCAUUGCUGAAGACCGGUCAGACACGGUAACGUUGCCAAGAGUGCCUCGGCCAUCGGAUGCCCGAACUGGGUUUGCCCUCGUGGCAGCAGAAGCACCGACCUCUUCCUCUGGAACCCUGCCAGUGCCACCUGCAUCAGCACGACUGAGUCUGCCGGUGACGCCGGUGCACUUGGUCGGCGGCGAAUUCCUUCCUCCAUGUCCGCGGCUGCCCCAGCAUCGAUGUCUGCGUCUCCAGCGGAAUUUGAAAUCGGAGGUGCUGGAGGCGCCUCAACGAGGCUUCCGAAGCGACUCUACUAGACUAGUAGAGUGGAGACGUGGUGCACCACUUGUGGUCCAGCUUGAAAAAGGAGCGUACUGCGUUGGUGAAGUGUGGGCCAUGGUGGGUCGCCGGUGCUCGAACAUCGAACAGGGAGCAAGCGGACCAAUAACAUCGAACGCCAG